AGCAUUUUAUCACUACUCGCUAGUGGUAACUGGUAUACUGGUAUGUGUAAAGUCGAGACGCGAGGACUUUAGGAGCCAACCAAAUAUCAUUGGCGCUCAUCAAUGGAAGUCAUUACUUCAACUUCGGCCCUGCGCUAUUCGUGCUUCAUUCAAUCCCCAAUUAAUGGCGGUUUCUCUCAGCGAAAUUCCGUAACCUAUCAGUCAUGCCUAUCCACUUCUCCUCUUCAACUAAGAAGCUUGAUUGUGCGCCCCAAAAGUCGAUGCUCCCGUUGGUUCGUCUCUUGCAGUUCCCUUCCCAAGUCUCCUGAUGACGCCUCAUCUGAUCAAAUUGCAGUUCUUCUUGAAGUUGAUGGAGUCCUCAUUGAUGCCUACCGAUCUGGGAGCCGUCAGGCCUUUAAUAUAGCAUUUCAAAAGCUUGGAUUGGACUGUGCAAAAUGGACAGAACCUAUAUUUUCAGACCUUUUGAGGAAGAGCACAGGCGAUGAGGAAAGAAUGCUUGCUUUGUAUUUUAACCGGAUUGGCUGGCCAACAUCUUUGCCCACCAACGAGAAGGAUAAAUUUAUGAGAAGUGUUUUAGAGGAAAAGAAGAAGGCAUUCGCUGAGUUUAUGAGUUCAAAGAGCACACCUUUACGACCUGGGGUUGAAAAAUUUAUUGAUGAUGCAUGUGAUGAAGGAAUUUGCGUUGCUAUUUUGACAGCAUCUAGUAAAUUUGGGGAAGAGACAGCAAGAUCAAUUCUUGAGAAGCUUGGCCUUGAAAGGAUGUUAAAAGUGAAAGUUAUUGGAAAAGAAGAGAUUGAGAAGAGUUUGUAUGGGCAACUUUUACUCGGUUUGGGAAAAUUUUCAGGUCUGGAUGAAGAACUCUCUAAUGAAGCGAGUAAAGCAGUUGCUGCUGAAAAAAAGAGGAUAGCUGAGGAGGUGGCUUCCAUGCUUAAGCUGCAGGUUGACAUCAAUACUGGCACACCUGAAAGUUUGCGGGAGAUUGUGGCUGCACUUCGAGCUGGUGCGGAAAAAGCAGAAGCACCUAUCUGCAACUGUGUGCUUGUUGCUGGAAGUCAACCUGCAGUUGCCGCUGCUGAGGUUACAGGCAUGUCAUGCAUUGUUCUCAGAAACAGCUUGACAUCUAGAGCAGAGUUCCCAUCAGCAAUUGCUGUCAUGGAUGGGUUUGGAGAUGUAGAUCUUACAGUAUCAAAGCUACGAUUGACGUUGUCAAGAUCAUCUCUCUAAUUGUUGUCAUGGAUAGAUGAGAAAAAUUGAAGGAAAGUUAGAUUCUCGUUGAUUUUAAACUGAAGUUACAAGCAUUCGGUUUUUUAUCAGCUAACACCUCUUGAGUUUUUCCUUUCCUAGUUUGGUGUUCACGAAUAGUGAAGCCAUGAAGGAUGUGGGUGGUCAUUUUUUAAUAGUUUUCGGAGAAUCGUUUUGUUGUGUUUGUUGUUUGUUACUGUAAUUGCUCGAAGUUCUUGUUUGUUUGAUGAUGGUUUGUAAAUUAGUUCAAAUUAGCAUUUGCAUCAAUUAUGCAAUAUGAAAGGACUUAACGUCUUUGAAA